AUGACAGCCCAAACCAACCCUCCAACCAAACAGUCCGCCAACACUGCACCAAACACCUCAUACGAACACGAGCAGACCUCCGAAUCCGAAACCGACCUUCUCAUCCCUUAUGUCUCUGACGACGACGAUGAUUCCGACGACGAAGCAGACUCCAACAACGAACCUGGUGCCUUCGGCCACUGCUGGCACUGCGACGCCCCCUUACCUCUGCCCACCGCAGAUGGAGCCAACGUCAACUGUCUCGAAUGUCAGUUUCCGAACUAA